CCAGGGAGGACCUGAAGGCAGUGAGGAGAUAAGCAAAUGUUCUGGGAUGGUCACAAAGAUUCCGUGGGGGCAGCUGCCUUUGGGUCUGGAGAGGCAUUGCCCAAGCAGCUGUCCUGCUGUGUGUCACCAUCAGCUGCCUGGUUUAAGGCCAAAGCCACUUUGAACUAGGGGGAAAAACAGCACUGGAAGCUGGAGCUUAUUGGGAAAAGUUAGAAGUUAUGGAUAAGUGCUGUGUGGAGGCACUAGAGGACACCACGAUAGCAGGCAACACUUUAAAUUCCCUUCUUGCCAGAGCGUUGCGUUGCACGCACGUUUAUCUCGGUGUUGCAAGUUUGAAAAGUUGCUAUGCUGUGAGAUUUCAGCUUCAGCAGGAGCAGAAAAACAUCUUGGAAUGGUAUCAUCAUCUUCUGCUGGGCUGGAAAAUCGCCUCUUUGGCAACAGCAGUGUUUAUGGGAUCAUUAUCUUAUUCACAGGAUCGUCCUUGAAUUCCUCCCCUUUUAUAAUGUCUUUUGAGAGGACAGGCAAGUAAUUCAAAGAGCAGAGCUUAUAUUUAGGUUUAGUCUGAGCCUGAAAUAAAUUGAGAAGGCUGAGUAGUGUUACAAUAAACAGGGAGUAGAACAGAGACAGGAAAUAGGGGGUCUUUGGUAAUGAGUUCCAGCCACUCUUGAAACAGAAAGCCAGAGAAAGCAUUACUUGAGAAUAGUUUCUCAGUGACAGCUUAAUAAUUUUUAGCUUGUUAUUCAGCAUUAAAGGGGAACAGUUCCUGCAGAUUUAUGCUGUUCUUGAAAGAUCCUUUUUUAAAGAUCAUUCAGCAAGUUAUCUUUUUAAUGUUUUUAGGGUUGCAUUGUUCUUGCUGCUAGCCGAUCUGCUGUUUAAAAAAGCCAGAUGUUUGGGGGGGAGCCUGAAGUUUAUACAGUUGCCUGUUAUAUACACAUCUGUGAGAAGCCUUUGGGAUAAGACUGUGGCACAGGGGCAGAGGAUUCAACUUAAAAUAUGACCAGGCAUUGAAGAUUUCAGAAGUUGAGGGUUGAAAGGGGAAGAAAUCACAACUACAUCCUGUAGAACAAAGCAGAGCCUUUGCUUCCAAAAGUUUCUUUUAACCCUGGGAAUGUGACUGCUGAGAUGGGCCCGAAGCAUGGAUGGUGAGAUUGAUAUUUACAAGCACUUCACGUGGCUAAAGAGGGUGAGUGAUCUGCUGGGCUUUCUUUUCUCUUUCUAAAUGCACAUUUAGCAAAAUCUCAGUGAGAAUUCUCUGUUUUGCAAAAGGAAAGUGCCUCAUCCAGUGCCUCAGACUUGAAAUGGUGUGAGUUCCUUCAUGAGAAGUGAAUUAAAGACGUGCCUUGGUGGAGGAGGAGGAGGCUUAGGGAGGGGGGGGGAGAAAAUCAGCUGUCUUUGUCUUUAAAAAUGAACCUCUAGGAUCAAACUUUGAGCAAAUGGCAAUAGAUUCUGGCAAGUGCUUGUGCCUCCCGGGGCUCGCAGUGCAACACAACAAAUCCUGCAUGGUAAAGUAUAGCAAAGGCAAGGAGAGGCUCCUGUUUGCCAUGCUGUGCUCCAAAGGGAAAACUUUCCUGCACCAGCUCUUCCCUUAAGUGAUUCUUCAUCGGGGUAACUGCAUGAGACCUUUCGGGAUGCCUUUGUCUCGGUCCCAGGUGAACCAUCAUUCAUCCAAUAAUGAAACUUAUCAAGAAAGGUUGGCACGAUUAGAAGGUGAUAAAGAGUCCCUCAUCCUGCAGGUGAGUGUUCUCACAGACCAGGUGGAAGCUCAAGGAGAGAAAAUCCGGGACUUGGAAAUCUGUCUGGAGGGGCAUCAGUUGAAGCUGAAUGCUACAGAAGAAAUGCUCCAACAGGAGCUGCUAAGUCGCACAUCGCUCGAGACUCAGAAAUUGGAUCUGAUGGCUGAAGUUUCAGACCUGAAGAUUAAGCUGGUUGGUAUGGAAAAGGAGCAGAGUGAAUAUGAAGAGAAACAGAACAAAGCCGAGGGUUUGUUACAGGAACUCAGGCACCUCAAAAUUAAAGUGGAAGAACUGGAAAACGAAAGAAAUCAGUAUGAGUGGAAAUUGAAAGCAACGAAAGCUGAGAUAGCCCAGCUGCAGGAGCAACUGGCUCUCAAGGAUGCAGAGAUAGAACGCUUGCAAAGUCAGCUCUCCAGGACCUCCUCAUACACUGAAGUGGCAGAAAGAGAGGAAGUUUAUAGGAGAAGGCUAAAAGAAAAACACCAAGAAGUUCAGCGGUUGAAGAUAGGAAUGGAGACAUUAUUGGCAGCAAACGAGGAAAAGGACCGUCGGAUAGAGGAGCUGACACUGCUGCUAAGCCAGUACAGAAGGGUCAAGGACAUCAUGAUUGCAGCUCAUGGCUCUCCUGUCUCUGGUGGCAGUGAUGAGGAACUUGAGACAACGUUGAGGAAAUGGAAUCUUUUGAAUAACUCCCAAGGAGAAUUACUGAAAACAGAGGCCCCUGCAGAAUUGUCACCAGCUGUGCUCCCUCCAGUGCCACACAAAGCCAUGGAAAUCAGUGGAAGCAUUCCAGUACCUCCAAGUAAUUUACCCACUCAGCAGGAAGAAUCUUUGGAUAUCACAAACAGGGUUGCACAGAAAAAAAAGUCAAGCAGUUUAGAAGACUUGCAGAGCGAAUCCUUGGAAAAGUAUGUAGAUGGAAAACCAGCACAGCCUGUUGUAGAACAAGAGCAGAGUAAGGCAGUGGGGAAAGGCAGCAAGUACCAAACUCUGCCAGGAAAGCUGCCCCGAGCCCUGCAGAACGGAGAGCAGGGCAUGCACAGCUCCCCUGAUGGAAGUGCCACGGGGGACAACGAUGACAGCAGCAUCCCAAGCCUCAGAGAAACAGAGAACAUGGAUGGUGCAGUGGUCUCGGAUGACCUUUCACCUCUCUCUUCGGGAAUGGAUUCAGGCUCACAAUCUCCCUGGUCUCCAGAAAACAGAAAGAGUCCAAAAGGGAUCAAGAAAAUCUGGGGAAAAAUUCGAAGGACUCAGUCAGGUAACUUCCCUGCAGACGACCUGGGGCUGGCAGAGUUCCGGAGGGGAGGUCUCCGGGCCACGGCUGGACCCCGCCUGUCCCGAUCCAAGGACACCAAAGGCCAGAAGAGUGACCACAAUGCCCCGUUUGCUCAGUGGAGCACGGAAAGAGUUUGUAACUGGCUGGAGGACUUUGGCCUGGGCCAGUAUGUGAUUUUUGCCCGGCAGUGGGUGACAUCAGGCCACACGCUGUUAACUGCCACACCUCAGGACAUGGAAAAGGAAAUGGGAAUAAAGCACCCACUGCACAGGAAGAAAUUGGUUUUGGCCAUCAAAGCUAUAAAUGCAAAACAAGAUGAGAAGUCUGCACAACUUGAUCAUAUCUGGGUGACACGGUGGCUUGAUGACAUUGGCUUACCUCAGUACAAAGACCAGUUUCAUGAAUCCAGAGUAGAUGGGAGGAUGUUGCAGUACUUAACUGUGAAUGACCUCCUCUUCCUGAAAGUCACCAGCCAGCUGCACCACCUGAGUAUUAAAUGUGCCAUUCAUGUGCUGCAUGUCAAUGGCUUCAACCCCCACUGUCUACGCAGGAGGCCAGUUGAGGAGAACAACAUCUCUCCUUCUGACGUGGUGCAGUGGUCCAACCACAGGGUGAUGGAAUGGCUCAGAUCCGUGGAUCUGGCAGAAUAUGCACCCAACCUUCGAGGCAGCGGAGUGCACGGGGGCCUGAUCAUUCUGGAACCUCGCUUCAACGGUGACACGCUGGCCAUGCUCCUGAAUAUCCCACCCCAGAAGACCCUCCUGCGCCGCCACCUCACCACCAAUUUCAACGUGUUAAUUGGGCCAGAGGCACAACAAGAAAAAAGAGAGAUCAUGGAGUCAGCAGCAUACACACCUCUGACCACCACUGCCAAAGUUCGGCCAAAGAAACUUGGAUUUUCGCAUUUUGGAAACUUAAGGAAAAAGAAGUUUGACGAAUCAACAGACUACAUUUGUCCUAUGGAUACAAGCCCAGCUGCUACGAAUGGUACCUCGAAAAACUAUGGUGGCUACAAAGGACUUAGUCCUUUCACUGACAGGGAACUGGAUCAGGUGGGACAGACAGACUGAUGCCAUGCUCAUCUCAUCCUCUCCAUGCAUUCCAAAGCUUGCAAAUAACCAAAUGUUCCCCCAUAACAAACUCUUUGCUACAUCCGCAUGAACUCACUGAGAAAAGCAUUGGCUGUGGACACUGGAAAGAGUUCCAGACUAAAAAAGUGGGGUUGUUUUUUGUUAAUCAACAUCCUCAUGCAUUCAUCCAUCCUCUAGCCCUUUUUCAGGACUAUGACACCUUUACACUCUGAAGAUCAAGGUAUUUUGUCAGUCAAGGGUGUGGUCGCAGUAAACACAAGACUUUUGUACUUCUCGCUUUCAUAAUUUUAGUACGGCACACUAUUUUUUUUCAUUAUCUUUAUGGGUGGUUUUUAAUGUAAUAAAUUCAUUUGGACAAACUUGUAAAAAGCUAUCAAGUUAUAUUAAAGUACAACUGGAUUGUAUUUUUUAACAGUCAGUAAUCAGAGAAUCCAACUGAAUUUCUCUUUCAUGGUGUACAGUGGGGAGUAGUUCUGCUUAGACAAUAUAUGUGGAGACAAUGCAUCAGCAAUGAACAAAUUAUUAAUAAACCAAUAGUUAAUUCAC